AUGUCGUCUCCAUUUCUUGCGAAGGACCUGGACUCCUCCACUUAUACUGUUCAUGCGCCAAGGGAAGCUUUGCCGCUGAAUCUAGCUCCCGUGGUCCCAGUUCCUAAGCAAAUCAAUGUGGAAAGCAGAGAGAUUUACCACGGUCUACCGAUCUACGGAGAAGAGUUCCAUGGCAAGAGCGCCCUGAUCGCUGGUGCCAAUGGUAUCUCGGGGGCGUACAUGCUCAAGGUUAUGAGAGACUAUGUAUGUGAUGUCCCACCAGUCUCAAGACCAUUUGCAGCACCACAGCUAAAUUAUGAUAUUCUAAGGCCGCAGAUGAAUGACGUGCCAGACUGGUUCAGCUCCCAUGCUAUUGAUCUGUUCAACACUGAUGCUCAAGGCGUUGCCAAAACCAUUGAGGCAGCCGGAAUAAAGGAGAUUGAUUAUGCCUUCUUUUACGCAUUCAUGCCAGUUGCUGCAAGUGAUAGUCGAACUUUGUUUAAAGAAGCAGAAGAAUUAGCUGAGAUCAACGGAAAGAUCUUUCACAAUUUCCUAGAGGGUCUCUAUCUAGCAGGCUUACGACCAAAGCGGAUUCUCCUCCAAACUGGAUGCAAGGGCUAUGGUCAACAUUAUGGACCUAUGAUAUGUCCCCUGAUCGAAGAUUCAGUGCCAAACGCCCGGAAUUACAAAGAGCCCAACUUCUACUACAGCCAAGAGGAUGUGCUUUGGAAGUUUUGCAAAAGAACUGGCAUUGAAUGGGUGGAUAGUCGGCCAUCUUUCAUUGUUGGUUUGGUCAAGGACAACAAUCUCAAUUUCCUCAGCCCUCUUAUGCUGUAUGCAGCCGUGUCGAAGUUAUCAGGGGAAGAAGGAACUGGUGUUCCCAGGUGGUAUGAAAACAGAAUCCUCGACCUUUACUAA